UCCUCCUCCUCCUCCUCCUCCUCACACCUUUUGGUCAGAAGAGGAAGAGGAAGCCCAGCCCGGGGAGAGACGCUGAGAGGAUGAAACUCUGACACGCCGACAGACCACAGGGAAACAAGAGCACAACUAUAAUUGCUUGAAGGAAGAGUCCAGGAAGGUCAGCCAAGACUCCCGCCGUUGGUGCCAAAGUGAAAUCUACAGGACUACAAUUACUAGGACACACUGAGGCAGCAGAGCAAAGUGAAUGACAGCUUCUGAUUUGGAUAGAACAGCGUGGACACCAGACUUCACUCACAGCAUCAGCCGACCGUGAUUUAUUUUCUUCUCAACUCAUCACCUUUGACCUCUGACCUCUGAACCAGGUUGUAUCUGACGGAGGGACCGACCGGUGCCGCGCUCCCAUCCCCGCCGCGCUCCUUCAACAACAACACUGGUUUGUCAGCUACCUGUGGCAGCAGCAGCGAGUCGACUGACCCAGCCUCAGCCCGACCGGCUUUACCUGUACAUGGAGACCCCCAGCUGGGCAGGAAACACGUUGUGUAAGUCAGGAAGCAUUGCUGUCUUCGGGAACGUGGUGUACAGCGGACUGCUGAACGAUCACCUCUGGCAUUUGGGAGUGCCCCUCUUUACAAGACUGGGUAACCAAGAGGCCACUAACCCUCCAGAAGCGAUGGCCCAGCCGUACACCCCAGCCCAGUACCCCCCUCCCCCACAGAAUGGCAUCCCCGCAGAGUUUGCGGCACCGCACCCGCUCCCGACGCAGGACUACACCGGGCAGAGCCGGGUUCCCGAGCACGCCAUGACCCUGUACACGCCCACACAGACGCACAACGAGCAGGCCGGCACCGACAACAGCACACCGGCCAUCACCGCCACCACGACCGCACCGGUCAGUGUCCUCCAGCACCUGAGCACCACACGCUGUCAGCAGCAUGUACACCAAACAGAUGACGUGACGCAAACAGAGGGCUCUCAGCAGCUCCAGCUCCAGCACUCAGACUCUUCAGAGAAGCAGCAGCCCAAAAGGUUACAUGUCUCCAACAUUCCCUUCCGCUUCCGGGACCCUGACCUAAGGCAAAUGUUUGGGCAAUUUGGAAAGAUUUUAGAUGUGGAGAUUAUCUUUAAUGAGCGAGGAUCCAAGGGCUUUGGGUUUGUAACUUUUGAAACAAGCACAGAUGCUGAUCGUGCACGGGAGAAACUAAACGGUACAAUCGUAGAGGGACGCAAAAUAGAGGUGAACAACGCAACAGCACGAGUGAUGACAAACAAAAAAGUGGCCAACCCUUACACAAAUGGCUGGAAGCUGAAUCCAGUGGUCGGUGCCGUCUACGGUCCUGAACUGUACGCCGUCACAGGGUUUCCCUACCCGGCCACAGGCGCCACCGUGGCCUAUAGAGGUGCCCACUUGCGAGGUCGGGGGCGGGCUGUGUACAACACGUUCCGCACAGCUCCACCACCACCACCCAUCCCAGCCUACGGAGCGGUUGUGUACCAAGAUGGCUUCUAUGGCGCAGAGAUCUAUGGUGGCUAUGCAGCAUACAGAUUUGCCCAGCCCACCACCACCGCUGCUUACAGUGACAGCUAUGGCAGAGUCUAUGCAACAGCAGACCCCUACCACCACACGAUUGGCCCGGCUGCCACAUACAGUGUGGGGACUAUGGCUAGCCUAUACAGAGGAGGGUACAGUCGCUUCACUCCCUACUAAACGAAAGAAAAAAUGCCAGAAAGACAGAGACAUUACUCCACCAAACAAACAAACAAACAAACAAUCCUCCGCCUUCAAAAAAAAAAAAAACAAAAAAAAAAGACAAAUGCAAAACAAGCGAACCCCUUGGUCCUUGGUGGAGAGUUAAAUCAAACUAAAAGCUUCCAGGUCCCCACGUUGAGCCCCUCCCCUGACACCGAUAUUUCUACAACAACCUUUUUGAUGUCAUCAUUGGUCUGCUCUUGUUUUGUAUUCAUUUUGUGCUUUUCUUUUGGGAACUUUUAUGCACAUGUGCAUUAUCUUGAUUGCUGUACAUGGGUGCUGUGUCACUAUAACUGAUGUGAGCCUCCUGCAGCACGCAUGAUGCAUGCUCAGAGGUGUGUGUAUGCAGCCGCUGUCAUCUGACCAAGAAUAUACUGAGGCAUUUCUCUGACCAAUGCAAACAAACAAACAAACACCCACAUUUGAUUAAUUCCAGUUAACGCUAACUCCUGUAACAUGCCUUGGUAAUUCUUAGCUCAAACACAGCCCUGCUCUGACUGCUUUUGUUUCUUUUUUUCUUUUUAUUUUUUUUUACUGUUGGAGUGUCCUACUGUUGUGCACUUGCAGUGGAGCCUUAAAAGCUGUACUAUGUGGUUUGACAGCAUGCAGAGACAAGGGUCAUGAAGGUCAGAUUUGUCUGCUCAUAUUCCAGCUCAGUCUCCUGCACAUUACACUGAACGUUUACAUGCAACUACUCUGCACUCACCGUUAUGUUUUAGGGGACGAAUGUAGACUUUUAUCACAAUAAUCUGCUCUUAUUCUUCUAAAAGAGCAGUUUCUAAACUUUUUUUUUUUUUUUUGUUAAAAACC